CUGCUGUGGCGUUGGAGUCAUUGUGUUGGGGACAGCGGAAAUAAUGGGGUAAUUGAAAGAGAAAAGCUGUCUUAGCUUUGACCCCUCUCUUCUUUACAUACGCAAAACAUGAAAUCAAAUAUAACGCACACCCGACCCCAUCAAGACUUGCCUUUUAUUUUUCUUUAUUCGCUUUUGUUCCUUUGCGUUUCUCUUCGCACUCCCAUCUCUCUCGCCAUCUCCUUUUCUGGAUGCCGGAGGAAGUUCGGAGCUGGAGGAAGGGUUGUGGAACUCUAAAGUUGCGAUCUUUUUUAUCAAGUGAAUCCUACGGCUUCGAUGUGAUGGCAGAUAAUUUACUAAGGCGUGCAUAUAAUAUUAACGGAGAAAGUUGCAAUCAAAUCUAAUGCUGUGGGUCGGAAUGCUUGCUUUUUUCAUUUGAACCUAUGGAACAUGCCGUUUGCUGCACAGUUUUCGUAGGUAUAUAAAGUCCUUUCUUAAUUGAUGGCUUCAAAGGCUAUCACUAGUGCAAUUCAAGAGCAGCAAAUGAAAGGAGCUAUUGAUCAAGCAAUAGAGUCAAGCCAUGACAGGUCUCCUUUGCAGAUUCCUAAGCCCACCAAGUCAGAACCUGCUGCGCCAAGAAGGUUUCCAGAAUCUGCAUGCCAUAACGCAACAAAGAAUACUUCCACCGAUAUAGCUGAACAAAGGCCAAGCCACCAUAGAAAGUGUUCGGUUGACUCUUUACCUGCUUGCAUUAAUUCAAUGUCCAUUCAUUCUUCUGAGCCCAAUAUGCAUUCCCUUGUUGAAAAUCUAAAAGAUUCAAUUAAAAAAGUUGAUACACGAGAAAUUAUUCAGUUAAAUGGGCACAAAAUCUUAGAAGGUAGUGGGGAUCAAGAAAAGAAAAUCUCCGAGCAGAACAGUGUAAAGGAUAGUUCAGCAUCUGCAAAAAUGAGUGAUGGAACAAGUAGCUUAGCGAAGACUAGUGGAAGUGCUAAGAUCAGUGGCCGGGCUGACCUUUUUGAAAGUGGUAAGAGUAGCAUGUGCAGGGCCAGCACAAGUAGUGAUAUCAGUGAUGAGAGUUCCUGUAGCAGUUUCAGUAGCAGUAUUAACAAACCUCAUAAAGCAAAUGAUUCAAGAUGGGAAGCAAUUCAGGUUGUCAGGGCUAGAGAUGGGGUUCUUGGUUUAAGCCAUUUCAGGCUUCUAAGGAAGUUGGGAUGUGGCGAUAUUGGGAGCGUAUACCUUUCAGAGCUGAGUGGUACAAAGUGUUACUUUGCUAUGAAGGUUAUGGACAAGGGUUCUCUUGCAAGUCGCAAAAAGCUUCUUAGAGCUCAAACAGAAAGGGAAAUACUGCAAACCUUAGACCAUCCUUUUCUUCCAACUUUAUAUACUCAUUUUGAGACUGAUAAGUUCUCAUGUUUGGUAAUGGAGUUCUGUCCUGGUGGAGAUCUACACACCCUUCGCCAGAGACAACCAGCCAAGCAUUUUACAGAGCAAGCUGUGAAAUUCUAUGUGGCAGAAGUCCUCCUUGCUCUGGAAUACCUGCACAUGUUAGGCAUUAUAUACCGAGACCUCAAGCCUGAAAAUGUUCUUGUUCGAGAAGAUGGCCACAUUAUGCUUUCAGACUUUGACCUCUCCCUCAGGUGUGUGGUAAACCCAACUGUCAUUAAAUCCUGCAACCCUGAUUCAGAAUCUUUGAAGAGGAAUAACAACCAGGUUUACUGUGUCCAACCUGCUUGCAUUGAGCCAUCAUGCAUUCAGCCUUCUUGUGUGGUUCCCACAACCUGCUUUGGCCCUCGUCUCUUCUCCUCCAAGUCCAAGAAGGACCGCAAACCGAAACUAGAGAUUGGAAAUCAGGUCAACCCACUGCCUGAGCUUGUCGCUGAGCCGACGGAUGCACGGUCCAUGUCAUUCGUAGGCACCCAUGAGUACUUGGCUCCUGAAAUCAUCAAGGGUGAGGGCCAUGGGAGUGCAGUGGAUUGGUGGACCUUUGGCAUCUUUUUGUAUGAACUUUUGUUUGGUAAGACUCCUUUCAAGGGAUCAGGCAACCGAGCAACAUUGUUCAACGUUGUGGGCCAACCAUUGCGGUUUCCAGAUUCUCCUAUGGUGAGCUUUUCUGCUAGAGAUCUAAUAAGGGGAUUGCUUGUGAAAGAGCCGCAACAUCGGCUCGCAUACAAGCGAGGGGCGACAGAGAUUAAACAACAUCCUUUCUUUGAAGGUGUGAACUGGGCAUUGAUACGAUGUGCGACCCCACCUGAGAUCCCAAAAUUGGCAGAAAUUGAACGGGCUCCUGGGCUGAUCGCUCGAACAGCUGAAAAGGUUGCUAGUGGUAUUGAUCACAAAGGUUUGGAGACUUAUCUUGAAUUUGAUUUCUUUUAAGAUUUUCUUAUUAAGGGAAGAGCAAGAUUUUGUUUCAAGGGGAGGUGUUAAGUUUCUAAUGGGUAAUUCUAUUCUAUGUAGAUUAUUGUAAUUCUGUGCGAAAUAUGUUGUUUUCUUAGGACUUUUUUCUAUUUUCUUGCACUUGCCACUGAAUGCUGAAAUAUUUAUCUUUUUUUAUGGUUUAAAUUUUAAAAAGAUGCUCUUAUUUA